AGAAAAUCGAUAAAAUCCUGGAAAACACUCAAAUCUAGGUGGCGCUUAGGGUUUUCAUCUGUUUUCCAUUUUAGUCUGUUUCGACCACACCACACAAACAGUUCGUUCGCGAAAAUCGCAGUUGUCGGAUAUAUUUUUUAUGGUGCUUUGCUAACAACACAAUGGUUUACCUCCCCUUAGUAGUUGGCUUUUCACUGGUUGCUUUUGGAUAUUCUCAAGAUUUAGAUCUUCAACAUUCCUCCACAUCAAAUUACGCAUUUAGAGAAACCACAGAGGCUUUGCGUACAACCGCCACACCGACUGAUUCCCUAGAGAAAGACAAAGGACCCGAAACGUCGAGAGUCCUAAAGGCACUAUCGUGGCUAGUGACACAGAGGGAAAGUGAUUGGGGUUGGAGAAAUGAUACCCCUAAAGUAUUGACUGCUCUACAGCUAGCCCCAAGAGACGAAUCUCCAAAGCAGACGAUGGAUUCUGUAGAGAUGCAGCUGUCUUUCAAACAGAUGGAAGUGGAGAUUGUCGUGUUAUUAUGGAGACACCAUGAAGUACCAAUAACACCUCCAAAACUAGCUCAAUAUUGUCUGGCUCUAUCGGCUAUGUGCUUUGAUCCUAGACAAUUUCAUGGACACGACUUAAUCGGUAGUUUACAACACCAUGAACCAAUUCAUGAUAUUGAGUUUGCUUACGCUACUCUGGCAUCGUGCACAGCUAGAGCACACGUAAGAAAGAAGCAAAUCAGAAGAUUGUUGGAUAUUGCUAAUACAGCAAAGGACCAUAAUAUAGAUACAGUAGCAAUGACAAUUUUAGCAUUGCGAUGUAUAGUUAAAGAUCACAGGCAUCGAAACCUACAGCAUUCUUUAAGAAGGCCUAGUAUAAGCUUAGCACGAGAACAACAACAAGACGGCGGUUUUGGUAAUUUAUACAAUACAGCACUGACGUUACAGGCUUUGCAAGACAUGAAUGAAAUAAAUAAUCAUUGGAAUAGAAGUGCUGCCAAAGCGUAUAUAGAAUCUAAACAGGACCCAGAUGGAGCAUUCACAGAUCCCAAUUUAACUGCCGAAGUUGUUCUGGCAUUAUCAGAAAGAGGCCUUGGACAUAUUAGAAAUAUUGAUUGCGGAAAGUAUGACAGCGAUUUGGACAAUCACGUUGAAAUCGACGGCCUAACAAAAUCUCUUUCCAACCAUGGCAACGAUUCUGAGAUCCGCAACGUAACGGUAACGUAUACUUUGUGGGUAGGUUCGAAUAUAACUGAAAAUGCAACAAUAAGCGUCACUGCACCUAGAAAUACAUCUUUCUACAACAUAAUGCAGCUAGCUAUGGAACUUGAUCCUCAUUUCGCAUUCGAAGCAUCAGAAUGGCCUAACGGACACUACGUUCAUACCCUUGCUGGUUACAAAGAGGAACCAAUGGGCUACCAUUAUUGGCUGCUGUAUCGAUUACCAGAGCUACCUGAUCCUCUGACACCACCAGCUAAUCAACUUGUCGCUCCCAUGGGUGUGGACGAUCUUUUAAUCGAAGAGGGUGACCAUUAUCUCUUCUGGUAUAAGAAAUUGUAAAAAAAUAUUGUGGAACAUACAUUAUUUUUCGGUUUGAUGAACAUUUACAAUAUUAAUUUACAUGUGCCAUGAUCAUAUCUUUUUUAUUUAUUUUUGAAGCUUUGUGGUCGUCAAAUUUUUGGAAGCUUUAUUGGCUUUUGGCUUGGCGUGAAGAAGAAAAGAGUAUUCAAUUUUAUGGAGAAGAUUUUUCUAAUUGUUUAUGUAAUAUCUAAAAUAAAAUAUAGAACUUGUCGAAAUUAUAAAAUAAUAUCGUGUGAUUCUAAUUGUAAUCUUUCAGGUCAAAGAUUUAUUUCAUCGAGUAUCAAUCCAAUGAAAACACAAAUUUUUAUCAAUUCAUCCACCAAAAAAAUUGGAUACAGAUAUUUACUUAUUAAAUUCACAUAUUUCUACCUCAAACAUUAAACAAAUCGUUAAAUAAAAGUUCAAGUCAAAAUUCAAUUCAACAGGAAAUUUUUUGGUAUUUCUUCUGAAACUUUUAAGGGGACAAAUACGGCGUUAAUCCCCAUGAUUGGGUAUGGGAACUGAAAGAACAGCAUUUAGUCCCCAUAAAUGAUUCUAUUACCUGGCCUACCGAGCAUCAUGAAUAUGAUACUUGGCGGAUGUAAAACCUCAUAGCAAUGCAGGAUACAGAAAGCAUGGUUUAAGCGUCCAUGACAAUUUGGUUGAAUUGUUAUCUAUCUGUCGCUACUUGCAAUAGUUGUUCUACUCUCUGCCUGGUCCAAUUUAAUUUCUUUCUUGUUUUUAUAAUGUUUAGGAGCUCUUGAUACUCAUUCAGCUGUCUGAGUACCUCUUCGUUACUAGUAUGUACGUUCCAAGGGAUCUUGAGGAUUCUACGAUAGCCCCAUAUCUCGAACGCCCCUAUUUUAUUCAUGUUGUUAACUUCAAACGUUCGUGUUGCACCUCCUAUUGGUGAAUAACAAACUAUUCAAUUUAAUUCAAGCAAGCCCAACACCGGGGCUCUGCAAGUGUUUUUCGUGUUAUGGCUUCGGGAACUAUCUCGUUGUUUACGAAAUUUAUCAACCUCUCAACAAAGGGUCGGCAGUCCUUGGACGACGCACAAUGUCGAAGUCGUAGUCCUGUAAUUUGAGUUGCAAAUCUCUCAACAAUGUCAAGGUCGUAGCCUUGUAAUUUGAGUCGCUAACCUCUCAACAAACUUUGUCUUCUGGGGAGGUGCUAUGGGAUGGCGCGUUAAAUAAUCAGAAGGGUUGGCAGUUCACAAUGAUGCACAACAUCUUAGCCCUCUAAUUUCAUUCGCAAGCGCUCUAACCUGGGAGUGGUUCUCGAUUCGACCCAAUAUCCUCAAGUAGUGGCUUAAGGUUCCUCCCACUCUAAAAUGUUCCCGCAGUAGGUAAAUAUGAUACCUCUCACCAGCUUAACACCUUUGAGAGUAACUUUUUUACGCUUUUGUGAGAGAACGAUUUCCACACGCAACAAUCCCUGAUGCAUUGUCUGUAGGUUGAAACAAAAUAUCGCCUAGUUAAUUCGGGCCAGCAUCAUCCUUCGGAAAAAGUAUUGACUUCUUUCUUAGACGUUUUUGAUAGUUUUGAUCAUUUUUCUUAAUCGAGUCUUAAUAUUUGUCACUACUAAUUUAUUUGUAUGAUCUACCAGAACCAACAAUGGAUAAACACAUUAUAUGAGAGAAAUUUUGCAAUGUAAAAUAUUGACGAAGUGAGUUAAAUAUUCACACAUAGAUUUAUAUCGAGAUCCUCUGUAUUUACCACAUGUACACUACCAAUUUUUUUUAUUUAUACAUUUUAAUGUAGUACAUAACGCUAUUAGAUCUAAUAUCAAACUACUGUUUGUCGUGGAACUUUUCCUGUGAAAUUUUUAGAUAUAAAACAAAAGUAUUUAAUAACAUGCAUUUUUAUGAGACAAUACUUUGAAUUUUUUGUAAAUGUUUUUAUAGGUAUAGCCUUGUAGACCAUAUUAGUUCUUUCAAUUGUUAACGAGGAGCAAAGAAAAAUUGUUAAAAAUUCAUUUAUUUUUAUUAUAUCUGGCUUUUAAAUACUACGGACAGUAAUAAACUAUUCUUAAGUUUGACAAA